AUGGAAAAGACUGAACUUGAAGAGCAGCUGGUCGAUACGCCUAGCUCAACCCCUCUCGAUGCCUGGCUGGCUGACUACCUUAGUCACAAGGCAGAUCAAUGUGACUCUAGUUCCUAUCCCGUCUCAGACGCUCUGUCGGAUGAGAUCGAUGUGGAUGCAAUCGAAAUGCGAGUGAAGCAGCUCAUGAAAGAGACACAUGUGACCGCUGGAUUCUGCUCCCGGUGUUCCCAUCUCCUCCAGCACUGGCCGAACCUCAGCAGUAACAUAGAUUGGGACUACGCCGUGGGCCAAACAUACACCACGGAGGAGGUUGAGGCGGCAUCACGGCUUGGAUGCAAGCUGUGUGCGUUCCUCUGGACCGGGCUCACUAAGAACAAUCGCGUCAGCAUCUGUCGGAAGCUCGAGGCAAGGCUGGCAGCUCUCCAUAGCCCUGCAAGGUCCUCCCUCACCAUUCAGAAUUGGGGCACGCUCAACGACUCAGACAACAAUGGCUCGCAGCUCCUCUGGUGGAAUUAUCCCGGCAAAGAGGCCACCCACUGCAACAUGCUUGGGGCUCGGCUGUUCAAGUUCGAGUCUCACCUCCUCCCAUCAGAUACCAAGCUGUGGGAUGAACCCAACGACCCGAUUGAAUUAACAAAGAUGUGGCUCUUGAACUGCAUAGAGUGUCAUGAGACUUGCCGUCUAAAGAAAAGCAGUGCACCGAGAAGGCUGGUUUCCAUUGCUAAUAACUUUGUGAAGCUGGUUGAGACAGAGUUAUUGGAUGAGAUGCCGCAUUAUGCCACCCUUAGCUACUGCUGGGGACAGGUUCCCUUCCCGAAACUAACAAAGAAAACACUACCUACGUUUUUAAACAAAAUCGCCUUUGACAGCCUGCCACAAACAUUUCAGGAUGCCAUUGAAGUCGCAAGGCGACUGGGCCUGUCCUAUAUGUGGAUCGAUGCACUCUGCAUUAUACAAGACGAAGACGACCAUAGCGACUGGCGCCAGGAAUCGGGACGGAUGAAAUCCAUAUACAGUGGCUCCCACGUCACCAUCUCCGCGUCAUCGGCCGCGGAUGUCAGUCAAGGAUUCUUCCCUUCAUCAUCUCCAAAGUAUAGCGGCGGAUUCAUCACGCAUGUCCAGGUUGGGGAAACCACCAGAGUUCAAAACUUUCACUCCACCACUGUCCACGAAGAUUCCACCGUAGACACCCAUCUGGGAGGCCGAAGCUGGGCGUUUCAAGAGAAGCUGCUUUCCCCGCGGACGAUCCAUAUUGGAAACCACGGUUUUUAUUGGGAAUGCCGAACAGAAGUCAAAUCCCAGUUUCUUCCUGAGGGAUUCCCCGGCAUACUCCCGAGAUCACGCCUCGUCUGCUCCGAGGAAGAGGAAUGGGACUGGCGUGAGAUAGUAAAUAUCUACUCUAAGACAAGGAGAACAUAUGAGUUAGACAUACUACCCGCGCUCUCUGGUAUUGCGGCUCGCCAGCACGAUGUCACUGGGGAUAAAUAUCUCGCGGGCCUAUGGAAGAAUGAGCUUCUAUCUAUGCUUCCAUGGUUCACCUUCUCCCAAGCUCCAGUCGUCAAGAGACCGGCCUGGCGUGCGCCCACAUGGUCUUGGGCUUCCGUGGAGGGUCCUUGCAUUGUAUCAUACACGGUCGCAGAUAUGGACAUGAAGCCUCAAGCCCGGCUCCUAGACGCAUGGACGAAGACUGUUGACGACAGCCCGUUUGGUGCGGUCAUGGAUGGAGAGAUUACUCUAGCAUGUUCCUCUCUCAUUAUUGCUAACUUGAGUCACGCCGGAAUUGAAAAAUACCACCAUCAGAUAGAUAAUAGAGAGGAGAUGCUUAGAAAAAAGCAACGGCCGUACCUCACUCUAUCUGGGCUGGAGUUGAAUCCCUUUCCAGUUUCGAUCGAUUGCUUGGAAGACGAGAUGCUCGGUAAAGAGGAACAAAUAUAUCUGCUCCCACUCUACGAUGGUCUGGCCGGUGCAAUGAGAAGAUCUGAGGGGGAAAGUGACGAAGAAGCCGAAGCUGGUUCGGAAGACGGGGCAGCAAACUCUGACUCGGGUGAGAUGAAAGCACCACCAUCCGUGGAUUCGAGGGACCCGGGGAGUUCAAGAACUAGUGUCGAUGGAGAGUGGAUAGACGAACUAUUUGUUACUGGACUUGUGCUGAGGCCAGUUACUGGCCCUACUGGCCAUUACACCAGGAUUGGCCAGUUUAGCUUCAGCAGCUUUCCCGAUGAGGUUGUGGCAUAUCAAGAUGAGGAUAGAAACUUUUACGAAGAGUCCAAGGGUUUCUUCCAAAGCACGGGCGAACGGACUGCAGAGUCGGCUUGUAUUAGAACGGACGUUAGCGACGAGGACCCGGAGCAAAAGUUUGUAAUCAGUAUCAAAUAG